UAACGGGCAAAGUAUAAAAUUAUUAAUUACAAAUAUUUGUAAUGGAUUAACAUCGAUAAAGUCUGAUACAAAGAGGUAAAGGAACAUUUUAAAAGAAAGGUAAUUUUUUUGCAAAUACUCAAAGCUCUGAGCUUUAAAAAUGUCAACUGCUGCUAAAAGAAAAAAGUUGUCUUCGGCAACUUCAAAACCAAAAGUUGAAUGUAAAAUAACGAAAACAGAUCUUACCAAUUUUAUAAAUGAAAUACAAAAAAAGCGAGAAAAUACCGCAGAUUCUAUAUUGGAUUUUGCUUUUAAUAAAAACCGCGUCCGUAUAAUAUCUCAAGAACAACUUGUGCCUGACUAUUGUAAAGGUAUUGUUUAUUGGAUGUCGAGAGACUGUAGAGUUCAGGACAACUGGGCAUUUCUUUUCGCGCAGAAGCUCGCUCUUAAGAACCAGGUUCCCCUACAUGUCUGUUUUUGUUUAAGUGCAAAAACUUCAGAUAUUUCAUUGAGACAGCUUCACUUUUUGAUGAAAGGUUUAGAAAAAGUUGCAGAAGAGUGUAAUAAUUUAAAUAUACCAUUCCAUUUACUAGAAGGAAAUGCUCCCGAUGUCUUGCCUCAAUGGGUUAUUGACAAAAAGAUUGGGGCAGUUGUGUGUGACUUUCUUCCUCUGAGGACACCAAUGAAAUGGGUUGAAGAAUUGAAGGGGAAGUUGAAAGAGGAUAUACCUUUAGUUCAGGUAGAUGCACACAAUAUAGUGCCUUGCUGGGUAACUUCAAAGAAGCAGGAGUAUACAAUAUGGAACAUAAGAACUAAAAUCAAUGGCAAGCUAGAGGAAUAUCUUACUGAGUUCCCACCUUUAAUUGAGCAUCCUUAUGAAAGCAACUUUACAGCAGAGGCAAUAGAUUGGGACAAGGCAAUUGAGACUAGAGAAGCUGACAAGACAGUGGGACCAAUAGAGUGGGCCAAUCCAGGUUAUGAUGAAGCUAUGAAGACAUUAAAGAGUUUCCUUGAGAAGAGAUUAAAGAUCUUUGCUGACAAACGUAAUGACCCCACAGAAGAUGCUCUGAGCAAUCUAUCACCAUGGUUUCAUUUUGGUCAAAUUUCAGUACAAAGAGUAGCUCUUUAUGUUCAAAACUAUCAAUUUCAAUAUGAAGAGAGUGUAAAACUGUACAUGGAAGAAGCAGUCUCUCAUAGAGAGUUAGCAGACAACUUCUGCUUUUAUAGCGACCAUUAUGAUGAUAUUAAAGGUGCUUAUAACUGGGCUCAGAAGACUUUAGAAGAUCAUAGAAAAGACAAACGAACCCACAUAUACUCAUUAGAACAGCUGUCUAAAGCAGAAACUCAUGACGAACUGUGGAAUUCAGCACAACUGCAGCUGCUCAAAGAAGGCAAGAUGCAUGGCUUUAUGCGCAUGUACUGGGGCAAGAAGAUUCUAGAAUGGACACCGAGUCCAGAGGAUGCACUCAAAUAUGCAAUAUAUUUAAAUGAUCAUUACAGUAUAGAUGGAAGAGACCCUAAUGGAUAUGCUGGUUGUAUGUGGUCAAUAAGUGGGGUCCAUGAUCACGGCUGGACAGAGCGCGCGGUAUUUGGUAAGGUAAGGUACAUAAGCUAUGACUACUGCAAACGAAAGUUUGACGUCAACGCCUUUGUGGAGAAAUAUGGAGGAAAGAAACAUAAAUAUAUUGCUGCGAAGUAGACAAGAAUACAUAUAAUACCACUAUGUGUUCUUAUAUGUUUUGAUGACGGUACUUUAAGAAUUAAGUGAAUAGGAAACAUACAUUUAUUAUAAUAUAACAGAUGAUUCAAUCAGAUUACUCAACUCAUUGAUGUUGGUUUAUUUUCGUGAAAAAGGGCACUGUUAUGUAAUUAGUCCUAAUGUAUUAAUAAAAAGUAUGUAAUAUUGAGAAGAACAUGUUAUAAAAAAUAAUACUCCGCUCGACACAUUUUAUAUACAAUACUGUAAUAAACUAAGUACUGUUUAUAUUUUUUAAACAAAUUAAGCAAUAUUAAUCUCAGUUAUGGUUGUGAACAAAAUAAUUAUGUUUUUACUGUUAUUAUACCAUUGUUGUAUAGUUUACUUACUGCUUUAGCACUUUUUAAAAUGUAAUAUGAAUCUACCUCAUUAUAAGUCUUAUGUAGCGUUAGUGCCAUUUAAUGGGUUUAACAUAGUAAUUAUUAACCCUUAAAUGGACGAUUUUUUUUUUACGUUUUAAAAAAAUAUAUUUGUGUAAUAGACAUGUAUUACUGUCUAGGAAAAAUGAGUAAAAAAAUCUAGACAUGAAUUUACUAUUUUUUUUAGAAAUAAGAACUAGUUGUCAA